AUGCGAUUGAGCUUGAAACGCCCAGUCCGAGCCGUUGCCAAGAGCAAGCCUGCAAGUCGUGCUCCAAAGCCGAAGCUUGCAAAGGCUGAAGUGGUAGAUGAGCCGCAGGCUGAAGUGGUAGAAGGUGCACCGGAAGAUGAGGAAGAUGCCCUGGAGUCCCGACUGAGCAAGACAAGAUCCCGGGCGAGGGCAUCAAAGCCCAAGGCCAAGCCCAAAGCAAAAGCAAAGGCGGGUCCGGCCAAGGCCAAAGCCAAGGCCAAAGCCAAGGCCAAGGCCAAAGCUAAGGUGAAGGCCAAGGCUAAAGCCAAGGUGCGAGGGACGCCGAAGGCCAAAGCCAAGGGCGGCAAGGAGGGCAUGGCUUUGGCCGGUGAUAGCGAGGGCUGGGACAGCUCCGAGAACGGUUCCCCCAAUCUAGCUGAUGCUCAAAAGGUGCUGGGAGAUCAGUCGCAGAUCCGGAAGGAUGAGGCAGGCUGGAUCGCGGCGCAGCUGGGCUUGGAGAAGGGGCACGUGGCAGGGGCGGUUCGCCUCUUCCAGGAGGGAAGCACACUGCCCUUCAUCGCACGAUACCGGAAAGAGCAGACAGGCUCCAUGAACGAAGAGAACCUGCGGCGCAUCGAGCGUGAGCUGAAUCGCGUGAGGGACCUCGAGACGAAACGGGCCAGGGUAGCCCUGGCCCUGCAACGGGGGAAGCACCUCACCCCAGAUCUCGGUCAGAGCUUGCUGCAAGCAGAAAGCUUGGAGGACAUCGAUGCUUUGUGGGCGCCCUUCAAAGCCAAGAGACAGACCCGGGCCCAGGUGGCGAAGUCUCUUGGCUUGGAGCCCUUGGCCAGCCUCUUGGAAGAGGCGGCAAAGCAGCUCGCCCCGAGGAAGAUCGAGGCAGAAGCCCUGACACCCCAAGACGCCGAAGCCGAGAAGAGCGUGGAGGCAGAGAAGCCCAGCGAGGUGGAGAUCCUGACACCGGAGGUGCCCUUGCCGGAGAAGACGCUGGAGGAGGCGGCAGCGCAGUUCAUCACGGCUGAGGUCCCGAAUGUCGAGGCCGUCCUGAAGGCGGCCCGGGACAUCUUAGCCGAGCAGUUCGCACACCGUGGAGAUGUGCGUCAGCUGGCCCGCAGCGUGCUCGAGAACAAGGUGCGGCUCGCAUCUCGCCGGCGCGGUGACGCCGACCCGGAGGGUCAGUUCAAGACAUACUGGGAGUUCAGCUGCCCGCUUCGUCAGGUGAAGCCGCAUCAGUUCCUGGCGGUGCAGCGCGGAGAGCAGAAGAAGUGCCUCAGCUUGACCUUCGCCAUCACGGCUGAAGACUCAACUUGCCUGCUCGAUGCCUUGAUGGCCACCUUCCUGGGAGAUCGGCCGCGACAGGGCAUCGGAGCAACCCCCACGCCCAUGAGGGCAGCAGGUGGCCAUCCGAGCCUCGGGGGCCGUGCUGCAUAUCGGGCAGAGAUUCGUUUGGCGCUGGAGGAUGCCUACAAGCGCCUGCUGCUUCCCUUCCUGGAGCGCGAGUGGCGCCGGCGCUUGAAGCAGCAAGCCGAAGACGAGGCUUUCGACACCUACCGCCGGAACCUGAAGAAGAAGCUCCUCUUGGCACCUUUGAGGCUUCAUCCCGAUUGGGGCUACGCAGAAGACAGCGGCUCCCCCGUGUCCGCCGUUCUGGGCGUGGAUCCCGCGUUUCGCACCGGCUGUAAAUGCGCUCUCAUCUCGCUGACGGGCCAAGUCCUAGCCACCAAGACCGUGUUUCCGCACCCGAACUAUGUUGGAGCAUCGGUGCCCCUGCCACAGGCCGAGACUGCCAGCCGUAACCUUCAAGAUCUGCUUCAGCAGGGCCUCGGCUUCUGCGAAGUGCCUGAUCCCGAGGACGUGGAUACUCCAGAGAGGCCAUGGAAGAGGCGCUGCCUGGACUCUAAGAGCCGGAUUGUCUGCAGCUUGGGGAACGGCACGGCCAGCAGGGAGACAGAGGCUUGGCUACGCCAGCAGCUCAAACAGUCGGAGUUCCUGGCUGAUCGUGUAGGCUAUGCCGUGGUGGAUGAGUCUGGGGCCUCGAUAUACAGCGCCUCGAACCUCGCCGGUGCAGAGCUGCCGGACCUGGACGUGUCGAUGCGGGGCGCAGUGUCGAUCGCGCGACGCCUCUUAGACCCACUCUCCGAGUUAGUGAAGAUCGAUCCUCGCAGCAUAGGAGUGGGCCUCUACCAGCACGAUGUGGACCAAAGGCGGCUGGCCGAGGAGCUCAAAGGUGCAACCAUGGAUUGCGUGAACGCCGUGGGCGUCGAUCUCAACACCGCGUCGCCGGCAAUCCUAGAGCAUGUCUCCGGGCUGACAGCGGCUCUUGCGCAGAGCAUCAUCCGGCAUCGAAGCGACAUCGGCCGCUUCAAGUCCCGAGCGGACUUGCUGUCAGUACGAGGAGUCUGGGCUCCUUUCUAG